GAUGGUACAGUCUUAAAUGGGAUCGCACAGGGCAUUGCACGUUGCAGCGUCCGGGGGAACAUUGCCCACGACCUGAUGUUCUUUGUUGACACCUCGCUUUCUUUCUUGUGUGAUACCUCCAGGAGAGCAGGUCGUGUUGCUGGAACGUCUUGAGGACGGUCUUUGUAUGGUAAGAAUAGAGUUGAUGAGCUGUGGUCGUACACACCUUUUUGGCUGUCUGUCGAGAGCAUAUGAAUGAACCCCCUGCACCACAACACAACUUCGCUCCGCAGAGGGAAAACAACAGCUCUUUUGGUGGGACCGAUGUUCAUAUCUGAUCGCCUAUGUCUUUCUGGCAUAUCUUUGUGGCGAAGGGAACAAAGAAAAAACCUAUUCCACGUUGCAUGCAUGUACUCCCUCUCCACAUUAGCACAUUUUUUAUUGUAUUUUCUUCUUUUAUCUUGGGGGUACAACCUCCAACAUUUAUGCGGGAGGUUCUUGCUGUUUAUGUUGCUCGCAGCCCUUUUCAGGGGACGGGAAAUGAUGCCGGGUGUGCGUCUCUCUGGGGUUCCCGCAUACAGCUCUUUUUUAUUUUUUAUUUUUUUUUAUUCUUGACAACUGGCUGCUGCUGUUUGCUGCUGCUGGUAAAACGAACCAAGCUAACCGCAUGGACAUGCAUACUGCACACAAUCUCUUCCUCCUUCCUCUUCAUUGUGGUCGUUACCCCUCUCAUCUUCUCCUCUCCUCCCCUUCCUCCUUGUCUCCCUCUUUUUGUAUCGGCUGCUAUUUCUUGUCUCCAUACAUAUCCAGGGCUUCUGCGAGGGAACCGUAGGGCGAUUCAGAGAGCAGGACGUGGACUUUGCUCUGUCCAAGGACAGCCCUCGGCUUGAAAUGCCAACAUCCCCUUCGCUCUCACCAACACUCUCGUCCCCACCCUCGCCUUCAUCCUUCCCCUCACCUUGUCUUUCGACCACAACCGCUACCACAGCAGCAGACAAACCCUUGCCGCUCCUUCCUCCAUUGUCCGAACACCAGCCACUUGUACAGAUGAAACCCCGGCCACGGACAAGGUCCCAAUCCUCAGUGACCUCGGAGAAGAAAGCAUUCGUCCCACCACUACAAAACAUCAGCUCAUAUGAAGGCACUGCGCCAGCGCCGGAUGUACUGGCUAAACAGGUACUCGUGUCGCCUUUGGUCUUGUUGCACCCCUUGGACAAUGGAGCAGGAGCAGCUGCAGCGUCAGGAGUAGAAGCAGGAGCAGGAGUAGGAGCAGG